UUUCGUCCGUCAACUCUACUCACCACCGUCAUGUCCGAGACAUCAACGCCGGCCGUGCAGCUCAGCCAUGUUGCCACAUUGAGGAUACCCUUCCUCACGGCCGAACACGCCGCCAUGGCCAAACGCGCACUCGACGUCGACCGCGAGGUCAAUAUGGAUCUCGUGGAGCGUGUGACUUCGCUGGAAGGCGAGGAGCUCGUUGUCACAAUUCGCGCCGCGACCGUCCGCAUAGUCCGCCUGGCAACCAACGCCUUCCUCUCCUCCGCCGACCUCGUCCUGCGCACGAUGGCCGAGUUCGCGCCCGACCCAGACGAGCCCGAGGUGACGGACGCUGAGCUUGAAGCCGCGGCCGAGGAGGCGCGGCGCUCAGGCGGGGGCAUGAAGGGCAUCGAGCUGCGGGGCGGGGUGGGGGCGGGUGGAGGCGAGGAGGUCAAGUAGGAU